AUGGCCUCGCCGCUCCUCCUCGGCGCGCUUGUCUUGUCGGAGACGCCGCUCAGGCUUGGUGGCGACGUGUCCGUAGUCGACUACACCUCGGGCGGCGCGCCCGGCGACUUCGCGCAGUCGCUCAAAGCCACUGGUUUUGCGGUCCUGACCAACCACCCGAUCAAGUACUCGCUGAUCGAGCAGGUGUACGACGAGUGGCGCGAGUUCCUCACCUCCGGCCUCGCCGACCAGGCCAAGUACGAGCGCAGCAUGGAAACGCAGGACGGCUAUUUCAGUAUGGCGCGUGCGGAGUCGGCGAAGGGCCAGACGCUUCAGGACCUGAAGCAGUACUACCAGCUGUACUUCCCGCGGGGCCGCUACCCGGAGGAGGUGUCCGACCGGGCGCGCGUCCUCUUCCACCAGAUGCUCGAGCUGGGAAGGGAGCUGCUCCAGUGGAUCGACGAGCACAUGGACGCGGCGACGCGCGAGCAGCUGCGCACCAACAACGUGACCCGGCUGGCGGAGACGCUGGACCCCACAAACACGAUGAUGCGGAUCCUGCGGUACCCGCCGUAUGACCCUGAGCUCGCCGCGCCGGGUGCCACCCGCGCCUCUGCGCACGAGGACAUCAACCUGAUCACGCUGCUGCCGACGGGCGAGUGGCGCGAGGUGCCCCUCGUGCCGGAGGCGCUCAUCAUCAACAUCGGCGACAUGCUCGAGCAGAUGUCCAACGGCGAGUACCGCGCAACCUCACACCGCGUUGUUGUGCCCGCGGACGAGGACGUGAGCUCUGACCGGAUGAGCAUCCCCACGUUCCUGCACCCCUUCUCUUCGACGUACCUCUCGCCAAAGUACGCCACAGCGGACGCGUUCCUCACCGAGCGCCUGAUCGAGCUCGGGGUCCUCACACCGGAACAGGUUGCGGAGAAGAAGCGCCAGGCGGUUGCUGCGGAGAUCUAGCUAGGGCCGGCCGCGCCGUGUGAGACGUGAUUAGCUUAGGGUCCGUGCCAGUGCGCGCCAGUCCCGUGCCCAAUGCUGUGCGAGAGUUCUGUGGGGAGAAGGCCAGGCCGUUUCUUUUUUGCACAACACGGCGCACGUGGUGUAUCUGUGCU